AUGGCAGGGAUCUGGAUCCUGGAACUGAGGGUCACCGAAGAUGCAUCGUCUCAAUUCGAGCACCGAGCGUAUCCCGGCAAUCGGUUCCUCGGACAUCGACUGAUUCUAGAGCCGCGGCGAUCCCGAAGCCAAGCAGAGAAAGGCAACGACAACAAGGGAAACGAGACACCCCCGAGCUUCCCUGUGCAGUUGGAGCAGCUUCAUUCGGACUCUGCUGGCCGUACCUCCGACCACGAGAGGUCGGUGGAACAGCUUACAGCCGACUACCAGAAGCAGAUUGCUGAGCUUGAGGAGAGGCGCGACAUCGAGGAGCGGCAGAAGCACGAGCUCGCGCUGAAUCUCCGCAGCGUGGAGGAGAGGAGCCGCAGCGAACUCGCACAGCUCGAGGCGCAAAAGACGCAGCUCGAGCUGCAAAGUGGAGCGAUGCAGGUGCCACCGAUCCCGAUCCACAUCGCCAGACGUGUUUUGGAGAUGUGGUAG